UUUAAAUUAUCGCUAGCGGCAAGUUCCUUCAACAUGAUCAAGAACUGGCGCAUAAAUUGCGGCGCUCUACAUCAUCACGGAUGCUAAAAAGGAAGAGGAUCAAUGUUGUUAAUUGUAUACCUUUUUAAUGGUUCUUUAAAAAAAGCGACGGAGACACCGAAGUGGUCACUCUCCAUUGACUUGUCUUGCGGAUAAACGACGUUAUUGACAUUGAAAACAAAGGCAUCACCUCGUUCAAUAGUAAGCCAGUCGAGAUGACAAUAAAGCGAACCACGCAUUUUGCAGACGUCAUGUCCUGGAACAACCAGAGCCUGGAUACGGUCAGCGCCGCCAUUGAAUCCUCUCCCGUCAACCCGCUCAUCACGCAACAUCAGUUCACCAUUUUGAUCGGCAUGUACACCUGCCUGGACAUGAUCCUGUCCGUCAUGGGCGUCGUCACCAACACCGUCAACAUCAAGACGUUCGUCGCCAUGGGCGCGGACGACGGCGUCACCGUGGCGUUCCUGUUUCUGUCGUCCGCCGAACUGGUGUGCUGCCUGGCCGCGCUGGGCCAAAAAAUCUCCAUGGCAUUCUGGGUGACGGAGAUGGCGACGGAUUACAGAACGUGGUUCGACGUCAGUCCGUACGCGCUGAAUUCGUUCUUCGGUAACAUCAGAGGAGGACUCUUCUCGAUACCGGUCUUCAUCACCACGUACCUGGCCGUGGCCAAGUGCAUGUGUGUCGUGCAGCCUUUGGCCUUCAGGAACAUGUUCUCGGUGUCAAGGACGGUGAGGGUCAUGACGGGGUUAUGCAUUUUCGGCGUUGUUUCUCACAUCCCGGUCAUGGCCACCAUCGGCAUCGCUGAGACGUUCGAUAAAAAGGUGAAUGCUACGCGUCGCGUCAUGUGGUACUCUCCUUACCGAGACAUCGUGAAGACCGUGAUCUGGAACGCCAAGGACACGUUCCCGGCGUUGGCGACACAGGUAAUUAUCAUCAUCUGUGUCGUCGUCAUGGUGAAGGAGCUGACCGAAGCUGUUAACAAUCGGGAAAAGUUAAAGUCGGGAAGUUUCUACGAAGACCCGGACGACGGACUUAAAAAGUCAAAAACGGGUAACAGACAGUUCAGUAGACUCACGGGGAAGGAACUGCAGGUCAUCAAGCAGGUCACGCUCAUCUCAGUCGUCUACAUUGUGGCCAACACGCCCAAGAUUAUCAUCUUCCUGGCGUUCGCAUUAACACCGGAAAUGACGCAGGGCGGGACCUAUCAGAACAUGUAUGACGUUACGAUACGCGGCAAAGACAACUCUGAACUGUACAUGUCGGUAGCCAAUAUUUUCAUCUACUACAAGUACAACUCAAAGUUCAAGCAAUACUGCACACUAAAAUGGUAGCCCCGGAAUGAGCUGCAGUGACCUAAGGAGAUGACAUCUUAACGAUACGU